GAAACCUAAAGAGUAAUCCACAUCUUGAGGAUCUUCAGUGAGGAUCUCCUCUGUGAUGAGCAGGAGAGAGGUCUCGCCAGGAAGGAGCCCCGCAGACUUCAGUUUGCACUAAAUCAACUGUUGCCGCCAUGAUGACCUCCAAAAGAAACUCUCUCAUCCACAACUUGAACUCCGCUAAGUGCUCGUCACUCCCACCGUCCCAGGAGGCCUCCCCCUCCCCGUGUUCCUGCGACCAUUCGUCUCGCGCACUGACUUCAACUGGGCGAGAGACCCGACCGCACGCUGCCCGAGCAGCUCCUCUGGAGCCGGCAGAAGAGACGCCAAGGCCUCAGCGGUUGCAUCACAGCAAAGGCCUCAAGCGCUUCAGCUCCAGGUGGCCAUCGAGAGGCUCCACUGGCAGCGGCAACAUUCCUGCGUCCGCCGCCGCCGCCGAGCAGCUGCACGGCGCCAAGAGCCACAAGAAGCGCUGCAAGCUCCUGGGCGACGAGCCCUCGCUGCACGUCACCGCCGGCAACAUGCGCCAACGCUACGUCACCAAGGAUGGCAAGUGCAGGGUCAACCUGGGGCCCAUCGCGGACAAGAGCCGCUUCAUCUCAGACAUUUUCACCACCGUAGUGGACCUCAAGUUUAGCUGGUUCCUUCUCGUCUUCACUAUGUGCUACAUUCUCACGUGGGUGGCCUUUGGCGGAAUCUACUUCUUCGGUGCGUGGUUGCGGGACGACAUUGCGCAUGUUCACGACCCCGAGUGGAAGGCGUGCUUCCAAAAUGUUGACACUUUCCUGUCUGCCCUGCUGCUUUCGUUGGAGAGCCAGAGGACUAUUGGGUACGGCUUGAGGAUGGUGACAGCCAACUGCCCCGAGGGUACGAUGCUCCUGAUGGCCCAGUCCAUCCUGGGUUCCAUCAUCGAUGCUCUGAUGGUGGGCUGCAUGUUUGUUAAGAUCUCCCGCCCGCAGCAGAGAGCCCAGACGCUGAUCUUCAGCAAGCACUGCGUCAUAUGUGAGCGUGACGAGAAGCUGUGCAUGCUCUUCCGCAUCGGAGACUUGAGAGUGAGCCACAUGGUGGACGCCAAAAUCCGAGCCAAGCUGAUCAAAUCCAGGCAGACCAAGGAGGGCGAGUUCAUCCCACUGGAGCAGUCGGAAAUCAACCUGGGCUACGACACCGGGGGGGACAGAUUGCUUCUGGUUGAACCCCAGACCAUCACGCACGUCAUCAACGAAAGCAGCCCCUUCUGGGAGUUGGGGUCCGAGCGUUUGAAGAGGGAGACCUUUGAGAUCAUUGUCAUCCUGGAGGGCAUCGUGGAAACAUCAGGUAUGACAUGCCAGGCGAGGACAUCCUACACGGAGGACGAGGUCCUCUGGGGUCACCGCUUUGAGUCGUGCAUUUCCUUGGAGAAAGGGGCUUUUCGCGUGGACUAUGGUGCAUUUGACAAAACCUUUGAAGUCCAAAUGUUGCCACUCAGCGCAAGAGACAGCAAAGAAACGAGAGGUUGCGUUUUAGAAAAUGUGGGCUAAAAUAACAGUUGUGGCAAUCUCUUUUUAGGUCGGGGGAUGUCUGUUCAUUCAAUAAAGUGUUUGUGACUUGUGCGAUUGCCC